UGACUGAGAUUAGAGGAAGCAAAGUGUAUCAGUUUUGAAGAGAUAAAAAAACAGGGCGAUCUUUUAUAAUAGAUGAUGGGAAGGUAUAUUAAAUUCGGCUCAGCCGUAUAAAACCGUUUCUACUUUGGAAUCUAAAAUUACAAAUAACUUUAAAAAAGUCUGGCUGGCACGUAGAAAUAAAUAAUAAUUAUCUAUAUAAAAAAUUGCAAACAAAAUAUUAUAAAUAUUAGCAAAAAAGUCUAUUAUACAUUUUAAUCUCACUGGCUCUCGUCUACCUUUUCAAAUUUAAAUUAUUAAAUCAUUUUACGCAAAGAGAAAUGCUAUUAGUCUAGUAAAAACCUUUAAACCUAACAAACGUGCUAGCAAAAAAAUUUUAAAAAAUUCACAAAUAACAAGAUAAGCUUAAAUUGCAAUAUUUUAUUAAAUAUUAAUACAAAAAAAAAAAACAUAAGAAAUAAUAUGGAACGUUGGCAAAAUAAAAUCGCUGUGGUAACAGGUGCCAGUUCUGGUAUUGGUGUAGCCAUUGUUAAGGAUCUGCUUAAAAACGGCCUGCAAGUAGUGGGUUUAGCUAGACGUGUUGAACGUGUUGAGGAUAUUAAAAAGGAAUUGCCCAAAAAUUUGCAAAUAAAAUUGACAGCUUUGAAAUGUGAUGUUUCCAGCUUAAAAUCGGUAAAUGAGACAUUUGAUAAAAUUGUCUCGCAUUUUGGUGGCAUAGAUAUUUUGGUAAAUAAUGCUGGUUGUCUGAAACUAGGAAAAUUAUCCACCAUGAAUGUGGCUGAUGUGGAACAAGUGUUGCAAACAAAUGUCAUGGGUGUCGUCUAUUGUACACAACGUGCUUUCAAAUCUAUGAAAGAACGUAAUUUUAAUGGUCAUGUUGUGCUUAUCAAUAGUAUAGCUGGUCAUAAAGUUAUAAGUGGUGUUCAAAUACCGGAAUAUAAUAUUUAUCCGGCAAGUAAAUUUGCCAUAACUGCCAUUACGGAAAUCUAUAGACAGGAGUUUAAAGGAUUGGGUACAAAGAUAAAAGUUACUAGCAUUAGUCCGGGUGCUGUUGAUACUGAAAUUCUAAAUGAUGAUAUUAAAACUGCUUUGGAUGGUACGAUUCUUAAAGCUGAGGAUGUUUCGUCGGGUGUUUUGUAUGCCAUUUCCACGCCACCUCAUGUACAAAUUCAUGAGAUGAUUAUUAAGCCAGUUGGAGAAAGUUUUUAAGUGUAUUUCAUUAAGUAAUAAAAUAAUAAUUUAAUUUUAUAAU